UCGGAGCCGAGGCAAACACCCCAAUCACUGUCAUUUUCACAUGCAAAAAAACGCACUCAGCUUCCAACGAGCGGGGAAUUCCAGAAAUUUCACCUGAUAUCUGUCAAGUAGCCAUUUUCCAUUGAUCACCUUUUUUUUGUAUCCUUUUUCUUACAAUAUUAAUAUAAUGACGGCCGAAUUGUCAUAUACUCCCCUUGAUACCAUUGAAGACCAUGUUUACUAUGUCCGUCAGAUGUACAAUUCAGGCAUCACUCGAGAUCUUGCCUGGCGCAAGCAGCAGUUGAAGCAACUUUAUUCUCUUGUAAAGGACAAUGAAGCUCGCUUCUAUGAAGCCUUAAAACGAGACAUGAACAAACCUCAAAGCGAGGCCUUCAGUGGCGAUGUCCAGCCUGUCAUGGAGGAAUGUUUGUACUUCCUCGAUAACUUGGACUCUUUAGCCAAAGAUGAAAAAGUCAAGGCACGUUUAGCUAUGCAUGCCAUGGAAAAGUUGGUCAUCCGCAAAGAUCCCCUUGGCGUGGUCCUCAUUAUUGGCUGCUGGAAUUAUCCCGUGCAGUUAUCAUUGGUACCUUUGGCUGGUGCCAUUGCGGCUGGUAAUACUGUGAUCUUAAAGCUGUCCGAGAUCUCGACUCAUACAGCGGCGUUGAUCACCGAAUUGUUCCCCAAAUACAUGGAUACCCGUUGUUACCGUAUCGUUAAUGGUGCAGUCGAAGAGACAACGGCUUUGCUUUCGCAUCACUUUAAUCACAUCUUUUAUACCGGCAACAGUACCGUUGGCAAGAUUGUCAUGGCCGCUGCUUCCAAGAACUUGACACCGGUGACACUUGAACUUGGCGGAAAGUCCCCUGCUUUGAUUACCCCCGAUGCCAACAUGCAGACGGUGGCCAAUCGUAUCGCAUUUGGUAAAUUCUACAACUGCGGUCAGAUUUGUAUUGCAGUAGACUAUGUGCUGGUGCCCAAGACCCAUGUGGAUCAGUUUGUGGCCGCAUUCAAAAAGACAGUGACGGAAUGGUUUGGACAGCAUCCUAAGCAAUCCAAAGAUUAUGCUCGCAUUGUGUCGCUCAGACAUGUUGACCGUAUUGCCGGCAUGUUGAAUAACCGAAAGAGCGGUACCGUGGUCAUGGGUGGCGACAUUGAUCGAGAGGCUCGUUACAUCGCGCCCACUCUCGUUACCGACGUUGAAUUCAACGAUGAAGUUCUCAUGGGCGACGAAAUUUUUGGUCCCAUUUUGCCUGUCAUUACCUAUGAUAGCCUCGAUGAUGCUAUUCAGAUGAUCAACAAGAAUGCCCCUCCUUUGGUAUUGUACGUCUUUUCCCAGAAGAAGAAAUUAACAGAAAAAGUGUUGAAGUACACUCAGUCUGGUGGUGUUUGCGUCAAUGAUUGCUUGAUGCAUCAAGCAGAAUACUCGUUGCCUUUUGGCGGUGUCGGCAAUUCUGGUCUGGGCAAUUAUCACGGCCCGCGAUCGUUCCGUGCAUUCACUCACGAACGAUCUAUUAUGACCAAGAAGCAGAAUUUGGAGUUCCUCAUGAAUGUGCGUUACCCACCUUAUACCUCGACUCGUCUCUCGCUUCUCCGUACGCUGAUGCUUACCCACCCCGCGGUUGUUUGGCUCAAAUCACACCGCAGCCCCUUGAAAGCCGCCGCGAUCCUUAUCAUCCUCUUGGCCAUCUAUUUGAAGAGAAAAUAGAAAACCGCGAUCGGUGAAUUACACAUAAUCUACUUUGGAAAUCCGAUGUUGCGCAAAGAUAUCCUUCGCAACCGUGUAGUCCAAAUCGGGGAACCACGUUCAUAUAUUUAUUUUAUCUAUAUCAUUUUGCUUGGUAAUGCAAUAUUAAAAAGAAGUCGUCCUCUUUUCUUGUCACACCCAUAUUUAAUGAAUCCAUGAGAGCAAAACACAUUUCUUCUCACGGGAACAGAACAACGAGAGAAAUAUUAUUCAGAAAACAAAAAAAUUAAAAAUGACGAUUGUCUUGAAG